UUACACGCACACGUCACCACUACGGGUCUCAAUAGCCCUCUCAGCACGCCCCUGGUGUGGGACCGGCACUACCCCGGCCGCAGUGCGUUGCCUAUGCAGGGUCUUGUGUAAUUUAUAUUAUUCAACGUUCAAACCUAUGAACUAUUCUUUAUUCCCAUUUUACAAAGACAGAGGUUUUCUGGUAAAAUUCACACAAUCUAAGGUUAAUAAAAUGGGUCUCCUACUCCGCUCUUAAAAAGCAACUGUCUUCACCUGAAAUCUAAGAGAAGUAAUUAACGCGGUUAGCCAAUUUCAAGUAACCUCGCGAUAUUGUAGAAACUACAACUCCCAAAAUGCAAAGCGGCUUGUGUCCCUCCGUCUCGGACCGCGAGUCAGAACGGCUCCAGCAUACCUCGCGGUGCGAAAGGUAACCUGGGAGUGGUAGUUCUGGGCGCAGGCCGGAAGCGCCAACGCGGCAGGGGCAGACUGAGUGGCUCCCUCAGGAGGUCCUGUUACGGCUGAGGCGGAGAAAGGGCGUGGAAACGAAAGGGUGAGUCAGGCAGUGUCUAGGCGAUAAAGGGAGGCGGCGUGGGUGUGAGUUGUGGAAGUGCGGCCGCGCCCUCAGUCUGUUUUGGUCGCCACUGUCUCGGAGUCUUGAGUCAGCGGAGGAAGGGUGAGGAGGAGCCGGGCGCUCGUAGCCGUUCCGCUCUCGGCGUCCCGCCGCCAUCUUCACCAUGCAGUCCCGGGAAGAUGUCCCGCGCUCUCGACGCCUCGCCAGUCCCCGCGGUGGGAGGAGGCCCAAAAGGAUCUCCAAGCCCUCAGUUUCGGCCUUUUUCACAGGCCCAGAGGAACUAAAGGACACGGCCCAUUCCGCAGCCCUGCUGGCGCAGCUCAAGUCCUUUUACGACGCACGACUGCUGUGUGAUGUGACCAUCGAGGUGGUGACACCUGGCAGCGGGCCUGGCACUGGCCGCCUAUUUUCCUGCAACCGCAACGUGCUGGCUGCCGCGUGCCCCUACUUCAAGAGCAUGUUCACAGGAGGCAUGUAUGAGAGCCAACAAGCAAGUGUGACCAUGCACGAUGUGGACGCUGAGUCCUUCGAGGUGUUAGUCGACUACUGCUACACAGGUCGCGUGUCCCUGAGCGAGGCCAAUGUGCAGCGCCUCUAUGCAGCCUCUGAUAUGCUUCAGCUGGAGUAUGUACGCGAAGCCUGUGCUUCUUUCUUAGCUCGCCGCCUGGACCUAGUCAACUGCACUGCCAUCCUCAAGUUUGCUGAUGCCUUUGACCAUCACAAACUACGAUCUCAGGCCCAGUCGUUUAUAGCUCACAAUUUCAAGCAGCUGAGCAGAAUGGGUUCGGUUCGGGAAGAGACUCUAGCAGAUCUGACCCUGGCCCAGCUUCUGGCUGUUCUGUGUCUGGACAGUUUGGACAUAGAGAGUGAGAGGACUGUGUGUCAUGUGGCUGUGCAGUGGCUGGAGGCGGCACCCAAAGAGCGAGGGCCCAGCGCUGCAGAAGUCUUCAGGUGUGUUCGCUGGGCACACUUCACUGAAGAAGAUCAGGACUACCUGGCAGGGCUGCUGACUAAGCCCAUUGUGAAGAAGUACUGCCUGGACAUUAUUGAGGGGGCCCUGCAGAUGCGCUAUGGUGACAUGUUGUGCAAGUCCCUGGUGCCAAAGACAAAUAGCAAAGGCAGUAGUAGCUGCAGCAGCAGCAGCAGCUGUAUUGUAUCUGUAGCUGAUAAUUCACCCCAGAGAUUAGGUAUGUGUGCCAAAGAGAUGGUGAUUUUCUUUGGGCAUCCCAGAGAUCCUUUUCUCUGCUAUGACCCAUACUCAGGGGACAUUUAUACAAUGCCAUCACCUUUGACCAGUUUGGCUCACACUAAGACUAUCACAUCCUCAGCUGUUUGUGUCUCCCCAGACCAAGAUAUCUAUUUAGCUGCCCAGCCCAGGAAAGACCUGUGGGUGUAUAAACCAGCCCAAAAUAGUUGGCAACAACUGGCAGACCGUUUGCUCUGUCGUGAGGGCAUGGAUGUGGCAUAUCUCAAUGGCUACAUUUACAUCUUGGGUGGUCGAGACCCUAUUACUGGAGUUAAAUUGAAAGAUGUGGAAUGCUAUAGUGUUCAGCGGAACCAGUGGGCUCUGGUGGCGCCGGUGCCCCAUUCCUUUUAUUCCUUUGAACUAAUAGUCGUUCAGAACUAUCUUUAUGCUGUCAACAGUAAGCGCAUGCUAUGCUAUGAUCCUAGUCAUAAUAUGUGGCUGAACUGUGCGUCUCUUAAGCGAAGUGAAUUUCAGGAAGCCUGUGUCUUCAAUGAUGAAAUCUAUUGUAUUUGUGACAUCCCAGUCAUGAAGGUCUACAAUCCAGCUAGGGGAGAAUGGAGACGGAUUAGUAAUAUUCCUUUGGAUUCAGAGACCCACAACUAUCAGAUUGUCAAUCAUGACCAAAAGUUACUGCUUAUUACUUCUACCACCCCACAGUGGAAAAAGAACCGGGUGACUGUAUAUGAAUAUGAUACUAGAAAAGACCAGUGGGUCAAUAUAGGUACUAUGUUAGGCCUUUUGCAGUUUGACUCUGGUUUCAUUUGUCUCUGUGCUCGUGUUUAUCCUUCCUGCCUUGAACCUGGUCAGAGUUUCAUCACUGAAGAAGACGAUACGCGGAGUGAGUCCAGUACUGAAUGGGAUUUAGAUGGGUUCAGCGAACUGGAGUCUGAGUCAGGAAGCUCCAGUUCUUUUUCUGAUGAUGAAGUCUGGGUACAGGUAGCACCUCAGCGUAAUGUACCAGAUCAGCAGGGUUCUUUGUAAAUGUCUUGAAAUACUAUGAUGUUACUACUGCUGUGUGCAGUGCUUCUUCAAAUGACAUCCUUUUUCCUGGAAAAAGAAUAGUUGAUUAGGAAUGCAGAUUUGGUUGAAAAAAA